AUGUCUGUGAUCUCGACCAUCCAGAAAAUUCUCCCCUUCACAAUCAUCGAAAGCUUGAUCGAUUUGACUAAUUGGACGGUUACUCCAUUCUUCUUGCUGUUGUGCCUUUAUUUUGCAAUUGACAAGCUCAUUCACGCCAAUCCAAUUUACUGUGAUCUCGAGGGUCUGGUAAAUGUUUUCUUCUGCUACUAUCCAAAAAUAGUUCCUCACCAAUAUCUCACCGAGUAUGACAUUGACAAGAAGCGCUUAUAUUGGGUGCCGAUGUUCAUUGCAAUUCAAAUUGUUUUCAUUAUCACGCCGAGAGUCUGUUGGCAAAUUGCUCAGCGGUAUCUUCCUCUUUCACCGAAAAAGUUUUGCUCGGACGCCAGAAAAGCUAAGUCUCUUCCCGAUGACGAAAAUACGACAAAAAUUGAGGAAAUGGCCAAUCAAUUUGUGGAUUGUCUGCAUUCUCAAAAACCUAAAAACCGAAACAGCUUGAUCAUUGCCUAUUUUCUGUUCAAAAUGUCGAAUCUUCUCAUGGCCUUCUUUCAAUUCUUCGUUGUUGCCUUUAUGCUCUCCACUGAAUAUAACAUAAUGGAUAGUGUUGAAAGUGUCAUCAAUUUGGUGUCACCAGUGCAAAUGAAUCACACAUUGCUUCACUUGCGCAGUAUCAGAUGUCGUUUUCAAAUUCCGGGAACUAUGCAGCCAGCCAUUCGUCCGAUCUAUUGCUUUCUAGCGAUAAACAAUUUCGAUGACUCAAUUUUCAAAUUGAUUUUGGUUUGGCUGAUUUUCGAUAUUUUCUUCACACUCUGCGACCUUAGCUGUGCAACAUUGCAUAUUGGUAAUCAUUACAACAUGGAGGUGUAUGUCAGAUCGUUCGACAGUGAAGUUAGCUCAGAGAAGAUCACCGAAUUUAAAAAUUACCUGCGCGCUGAUGGUCUUCAGCUUUUGUCCUUCGUGAUCGAUCAGGAUGAAACGGUGGCAUCGCAAUUGACAAUUGCAGUUUUCAAGAUAUUUCUUAAUGAAAAUUAUCAGUUGGAGACAGCAAAGCCACGUGGAGAAGUCGUUACUUUCGAAAACGGAGAACAUGUCGAAAUGGGUGAAAUUGAAAUGCUCAUUUGA